CACUAUCUAGAAUCUAUCUCUGAUUGUAGUUUGUCUCCAAUGAAUGGGUAGGCUUCGACUUGAGCAGGAAAAACUGGAAAGAAUAGGCCCGAUGGCAUACUAUUCAGAAUGGGUGAAAGCAUGGCAGAGAGACACUUCACGCGAAGCUGUAGAGAGCAUUUUCAGGAGACUGGCCAAGAUGAAACCAUGCAACUAAUGGAAAUGUUCAGCUAUCAAACUGAUAGAGAAUAUCGUAUAAUGAUGGGUACUGAUAUUCGCAUCAAGAGGGAUCCUUUAGCAAUGCGGCUCAAAGAAGAUCAAAUAAAGCAAAUUUGGGGUGGAGAUCCAGUUUACCCAACAAUCAACUACAAGCAGGAUCCAAAUGAAAUCAUUGAUUACAGGGGUCCAGAUUUUCAUGAACCAACACCCAAUAUGGUGGCAUACCUAAAAGAGUUGACGGACAUGGAUGACGCCAUGGCACGAGCGGUAGACAUUGGUGAAAAUGAUCCCAAGGCCAAGAAGGAGGGUGCCAUGAAUCUGGAUGAAGCCAUAGAUGAUUCUGAGAACUUGACCGACUUUCUAAUGGACUUCGAAGAAGAGUGA